AUGGGUGGACUAGGAGGACUUCCACCAAUGGGCGGAUUAGGAGGAUUACCACCAAUGGGUGGACUAGGAGGAUUGCCUCCAUUGGGAGUAAAUUCACCACAAGAAGAGACUGUAACAGAGGUUGAACAAGCAGGUGAGAAGAAGAAACGAAAGAGACAAAAGAAGAAAAUUAUGAUUUCACAGUCAGCAUUUUUCACACACGAAAAUGAAGAAAAGGCAAAUGCAAUGUUAAGUAAGAUUGCUGAUGAUGCGGUAUUAGUAUUUGAUUGUGGAAGUUCAUUUAUCAAAGUUGGGGUUGCAGGAGAAGAACAACCAAGAAAAGUUAUUCCAACAUGUUAUUGUACAAUAGAAGAUGAAGACUAUGAAGGAGGAGAAAGAAAAGAAUUUGGAUAUAAAGCAAUUGAUGAAGAUGAGGGAUUAGUAUGGCCACUUGAUCCAAGAAAAGAUACUGAUUGGGAUGGAUUACUUGCUAUUAUUCAAAAUAUUUAUGAGAAUGAGUUAGAUGGAUGCGACCCAGCUUCCCAUCCAGUUGUUAUGACAGAAUUACCGAACAUGAAUGAGGUGGCAACAGAUAAAAUCAAAUCUAUGAUGUUUAAUGAUUUGAAUGUUCCAUUUUUAAAAAUAGUUAAUCCAGCAUUAAUGGCGUUGUAUGCAGAAGGUAAAGAAACAGGAGUUGUAGUUGAAAUUGGUAAUAGAAUGCAAAUAGUACCAGCUGUUGAUGGGUAUGUUAUUGAUAGUGCUAUUACUAAAAUUAAGGGUAAUGUGUCUGGACUAACAGAGUAUAUGUCUCGUUUAUUAAGGGCUUGUGGUUAUAUCUACACUACAUCUGCACAAAUGGAAUUAGUAAGAGCAAUUAAAGAGAGUGUGUGUUAUGUCGCUUUAGAUUAUGAUGCAGAAAUGAAAAAGAAAGCAAAGGAUGUUAUGAAAGAGUUUCAAGUUCCAGGCAAUGAAAAUACUUCAAAGUUCUUCCAAGAACGAUUCCAAUGUCCUGAGGCUUUAUUCCAACCUGAGAAAGUAGGAAUAGAUGCUGAAGGAGUUCCUUCAAUGUUAUUUUCCACAAUUAAAAAAUGUCCAUUAACUUCAAGAAGACCAUUAUUAAAUCAUAUUAUUUUAUCGGGUGGGUCAACGUUAUUCCCUGGAUUACCAGAAAGACUUGAAAAAGAACUUAAACAACUUUGUACUGAAAAUAAGAUGAAUCCUAGAGAUGUUAAGAUAUCAGCAUUACAAAACAGAAAGUACUUAGCUUGGACAGGUGCUGCUUUAUUAGCAGGAAUGUCUACGUUACUUGAUGAAGAAAAGUGCACAAAAGACUAUUAUCAAGACAACUGUUGA